AUGGGAGGCGGGUCACUCUUCCAUGUGGGGGAAGAUGUCGAGUUCUGGAGAGUACUCAUUCACCUGAGCAUCCUGGCCUUCUGCCUCGUGCUCUUCGAAGCAGGACUACACCGUCUGGAACACAAGUUCCCUCCCUCCAGGAAGUAUCAGCACAUGCUCAAGAAGGCCUAUCGAGAGCUCAUGGUGCUGGGCCUCAUCAGUCUCGGACUCAAGAUCAUCAAGGAGAUCCCGGACAUCGACAGCUACAGCAAGACGAUGCUGGCGUUCCAAGUGGCCGACUUGACCAUCUUCCUAUUGGCGCUGGCGCUGAUCUUGCAGUCCACGGGCGUCUUCCUGCUGCUCCGUAACAAGAACGCAAGAGCUGAACGCGCCGAAUUGAUCACGACCCAAGAUCUAGUGAAUUUUAUCAACGGCACCAAAGGCUCGUUCGCUCAAACGCUUGUCUGCUGUGGCCGAGCAGCCAAGAAGCGGUCUAACGUCAGGGAACUCAUCGAACUCCGCCUUAUCCGUCGUUUGUUCCUCCACCGCUUUGGACUGCCGCAGCUCUUCCCGUUCUCCAAGUACCUCAAUCGCGCGCAAGCUAACCAGAUCGCGCACAUGAUUGAGGUAGAACCGUCGAUGUGGGUCGUCCUCCUCCUCGUGGCCUGGGCGAUCUGUGGAGUGGUCGAAGUUCUCAAACAUCUUGACACCGAUAUGCCGGAAAGUCACGACCUGGUCGAGGCGUUCAUGAUGUUUGCGUGGGUUCUGCUGCUGGCUCACAUCUCAGUCUACUUCUACUUCCGCUCGUGCGUGGACCACCUGCUUCGAUGUGCAGCGUUCAGCUACGACAAGGUCACGCUCACUGCCAACUUGACUGCCAUCGCUGAAGAGGAGGCGAACGCCUGGCAGAACGAGGAGGCCGACAAGGCGCUGGAGGUCAUGAGCUGCAUCCAGGAACACCACGAGGAGCUUGAGUUCCAGCAGAGCUUGAGCGGCGUCAUGCCGGGGUCUCCGCGUAUCGACAUCCGCUUCUUCUCGCACAAGGGCUGGCACAUCGGCGUCAUGAUGCUUCUGGUGCUCAAUGGGUUCCUCAUCACGCUGUUCGUGCAGUGCGCGUUCUACGACAUGGACGACAUCUACGAGGACUUCGGUACGCUGCCGACGAUCAUGGUGCCGCUGCCGCUGGUGAUCAACGCGCUGUUCCUGCACCGGCACAUCUUCUACGACUUCGUGAUCGUCAGCAACACGCUGCGCAUCGACUCGCACACGCUGAGCGAUGUGGUGGAGAACUUCAGCGAGGUGGUGUGUCUGCGGUCCGAGUUCGCGACCUCACUGCACCACCAUCUAACACAGCAAGAGCUCACUAUUGGCGACCUCCAGGAAGAAUUGACGGGGCGAGACACUACCGGUUCGGGGUUCAUCGAAGUUGACGAUCUCCGCUACGUGUUGGCCAAGUUCGGGUUCCGUCUCACGCGGUUCCGGUUCAACACCGUGGUGAAGCUGCUGUUCGAGCUCGAAGGCACGGCGGUCGCGUACGCGCACGUGAUUCAUCUGGUGCUCAUGGCUCAGAAUGAUAACCUGCUCGAGUCAACCUCAGCCCAGCAGCAGCAGCCGCAUCCGUUGUUGCGGCCGAGUGUUAUGGUCUACGACAACGUCCUCGGUCAGUCGAGUAUCAUGCUGGACUGGUCCAGUCCGGCCAGCUUCGUGAACGUCUCGAUGGAGAGCACGUCGCCGCCCAAGCUCUCUCUCCCUGGGACGAGCGCGCCAACGCACCAGUCGAACUUCCCGCGUCCGAGUGUCAGUUCUCAAGCUCUGCACGACGUGUUCUUCCUGCCUCCGGUGGGUGGGGCACCAACUUCGUUCGACACGGAUCUACCUACGACUCCCAAAAAACGCUCGAGCAAUCGCAGCUCAGCCAGAACCUUGGAGCUGUCGGAGGACGACAGCGUCCUCCUGAACCACGGAUUUGGCCGCCUGGAUACUUCAAGGACUCGCGAUCUCUAA